AUGUUUUCAGGCUGUAAUAACGACAAUGGUAUUGGAGAAACUACAAACGACUUAAAAUAUAAAAUAAGACAGUUAGAAACACAAUUAUCAGUUCUAGAUGAAGUGAAGACAGAAAAAAACGAAUUGCAUAAACGGUUAAUUGAUACAUCAGUAUGGAUAGAAGAAAUGGUAAAAAAACAAAAAAAAUUUUUUGAGCAGUUGAAUACAGGGCAUCACGAAUUAUGGUGCAAAUAUCAAAAUGUAAAAAAAGACUUGGAAAAAAGUAAACAUAAAAUAGAAAGUGCUAAUAGUGAACUAAUAGAAUGUAACAAUGAAUGUGAUAAAUUGAAACACCAGAUAAAAACAUUUGAGGAUCAAAAUAAAUAUUUAGAAGAACAAAAACAAAUUUUGGAAAAACGACUAUGUCAAGAUGAAAAAAAUAUCAAUGAACUUAGAAGUGAAAAUGAAAAUCUUAAGGUAUGCGUGGAAAGAAAAUUAGAGGAAAUCCGCCAUCACAAAGAAACAGUAGAAGAACAGUCCGACCAGCUUAGAAAUAUACAAUCCGAAUUGAGGACUAUGAAGUGCAAAUUAGAACUAAAACGAGAAAAUUACGAGCAGUUGAAAAGCCAAGCGGAAAUAAAUGAAACAAAAAUGAAAAAAGAAAAAGAAACCUAUGAAGAACAAGCAGAAAUUUUUGAAAAAGAAAAAAAUAAAUAUGAACACCUUGUGCAUGAACAGAAACGUCAGAUUCAAGAGUUAAAUUCUAAAUUACAGGACUCAAAAAGACGAGAGCAAGAAAUAAAAAGUUUGAUGGAAAAAGAAAGAAGUCAAUCAGAUGAACAAAUUGAAAAACUCAAAAGAGACAAACAUUGUUUGGAGGCAGAAGGCGAAACGUUAAAAAAUAAAAUAGACACUACCAAUAAACAAUUAACUAAGUUAAGAUGUGAAAACGAAAUGCUGGACUCCAAAAUAAAAAAAUUACAAAAUAAAUUUGAGGACACCAUAAAAAGUUGCGAAGAACAGAAAAGACUAUUCAUAGACGAAAUGCAAACGGCCAAUGCAGAAAAAAAUAAGUUACAAAUAAACUUAGACAACGUAACCCGUAAAGUCGAACAACUAACAGAAGAGCUGGGUAAUGUGAAAAAAUUACAUAAAGCUGAAUUAGAAAAUGUUAGCGAGUUAAGGAGAACAAUCGCUGAUAUUCAAUUCAGUCAAAAACUUAUGCCUGAAUCAACAAACGUGUGUUCCGACAAAAAUAUUGGUCUUCAGUUAGCUAAUAUAAGUAAAGUAUUAGACAACGCUCUGACAGACUGCAAUAAAGUUGAAAAUAUUUCUUAUAAUAAUGACAACACACGAAAUUUGGAAGAGAUAGUUAAAGAGAUAAACACAAUAAGCAAUUCCCUAAUACGAUCUCCUCCGUGUAAUUAAAAUAACUUGUUCUAUCUUUAAAUUUUAAUUGAAUUUUAGAAAAAAUAAUUAAUAUAUUUUUAACAUCAAAAUUAACAAUAAAUAA